UCUGUGGUCUCUCUCUAUCUCACCCUAGUUAACGUUAUCCGCUUACACUAGCUGUUCUCAGUGUCCCUCUCAUCCUGCACAAUUUUCACCGUUGAGAGUACAUUGGAAUCUAUUUGCGAGACAAACCCCUCCAGAAGAAAAAAACUUUCCGAAUAACUACAGCACUGGAGCUAUGGCGAGUAACGGGCAGAAAGUAGUGCUCAUCACCGGCUGCUCCUCAGGCAUUGGUUUAAGAAUGGCAGUGAUGCUGGCAAAUGACGAGCAGAAGCGAUAUCACGUCAUAGCCACCAUGCGUGACCUGAAGAGGAAAGAUAAGCUGGUGGAGGCUGCAGGAGAGGCUUAUGGGAAGACUCUGUCUCUGGCUGUUCUUGAUGUCUGCACCGACGAGUCCGUCAAACAGUGCAUCGAUGGCAUCAAGGAUCGACACGUGGAUGUCCUCAUCAACAACGCAGGCAUCGGUCUGGUGGGUCCGCUGGAGAGCAUUCCCAUGGAGGAGAUGAAGAAGGUGUUUGAGACCAACUUCUUUGGGGUUAUCCGCAUGAUCAAGGAGGUGAUGCCGGACAUGAAGAAGAGGAGAGGAGGACACAUUAUCGUCAUCAGCAGUGUCAUGGGACUGCAAGGUGUUGUCUUCAAUGACGUAUAUGCUGCUUCUAAGUUUGCCACAGAGGGCUUCUGUGAAUGUCUGGCUGUGCAGCUCCUGAAGUUCAACGUAACUCUGUCAAUGAUAGAGCCAGGCCCGGUCCACACAGAGUUUGAGGCCAAGAUGAUCCAGGACGUGAGGCAGAAGGAGUAUCCUGGUACUGACCCCGAAACGGUGAACUACUUCAAGAACGUCUACCUUCCAUCCUCAGUGGACAUCUUCGAGACGCUGGGACAAACUCCUGAUGACAUCGCCAGAUGCACCAAGAAGGUCAUCGAGGCCAGCAGUCCUCGCUUCCGUAACCUCACCAACCCCUUGUACACGCCCAUCGUGGCUCUCAAGUACGCUGAUGAAACCGGAGGGCUGUCUGUCCACGCCUUCUAUCACAUGCUCUUCAACUUGGGCCCGCUCAUGCACGUCAGCAUGAAGGCCAUGCAGUACCUGACCUGUGGCUGUUUGAGGAGCAGGACCAUCUCGCCCAAUUAAACACACACACUGGUGGAAGCACAAAGAACACUGUCCCAGUGUCUCGGGAACAGAGAAAACUAAUUUAUUUCCCCCGAAAAGCAACCGGCUCACAUACACACUAAUGCACACACACUAAUGUACAUGCAGGCACACCCUGCCAUGGUUGCUGUUUAUACGCAGACUGUUUUUUGCAAUGUUUUAGCUUUCUUGCACCCUGAAACAUAGCACUGUGUAUUGGUUUUAUUAUCAAUCGAUGUAGUCAUUUCUGUUUAUCAUUGGGUUAAAUUGGCCUUAAUAUCUAUCACUUAAUUCUUCCUUUCAGGCCACUACCAAUGGUGCGUUGCAUACAGUAUAUUGUUUAUUUGUUAUACAAAUCUACUUAUUCCCCAUAGGACACAUCUAUAAUGAAAUAGUAAAUUCUUAGUUGUUUGUCAUAUUGUUUGAAGUGUUUGAUAUUGAAGAUUGUUUUCAUAUAAUUAUAUAUAUUUAUAUUAAGUGAACGAUAUUGUAAUGACAGAGCUGCCAACUUUCACAAAAGGUUUGGAGUGAGAUUACGAGUGUUGAGGUUGGAGCGACCCUUCACCCCACACAAUUAAUGUUUCCAGACAUUUUACAUAAUGUUUAGUACCAAUGUUCCACAACAGUGUGUGCGUGUGUGUGCGUGUGUGUGUGUGUGUGUGUGUGUGUAUGUGUGCGUGUGUUUGUGUGUGGGAUGAAUGGACACUUGGUUCACCACCACUCACUUACACCUAUAAGCUCAAGUACACCUAUAAGCUGUCCUUACGCUGCCCAGAAUGAAAACAGAUAUUUGAAACAGACAAAGGGCAGUUUGUAUAAUAUUUUUAACUAAUAUUUUAAACGACUAAUUAAAAAAAAGUUCUGAAUAAAGCGUG